GUCGAUGGCCCUGACAGUUAUUUUGACCAGAGCUGGGCUGGGCCUGGAUCCUGUUGCUCUGAAGCGUUUGUCUCUGGUGGUUCUACGUCUCGCUUUCUGCCCAAGCAUCGCCGAGGCUUUGGUCGAUGGCGUGGCUGCUCACCUUAUCUUGGGCUUCCCAUGGACGUGGUCAUUUUUGCUGGCAACGGUCAUCCAAAACAAACACACGUGUUUACUGUUCUCGAGUGACUUAGUGUGGACUCUCUUCAAGGGACCUUUAGAAGCUGUUGUGGGCAUCAUAGUGGGCAGUCUUGGUGGGCUCGUUCUGUGGUAUCUGCCCCAGAAAUCCAGUAAAAAUCUGGUGUUGUUCCGGUCAGUUAUGUUGAUCGGUGGCGGUAUGUUGACCAUCUUUGGCAGCAAGGCAGUCAAGUGGUCCGGCAGCGGGCCUCUGGGAUGUCUGUCCUUGGCUUUUGUAGCUGCUUACGGUUGGAGGGAGGACUACAGGGACACGGGCAGGAAGAACCCAGUAGAAGACGUGACUGGCGUCCUGUGGAUGGUGUUCCAGCCUCUUCUCUUUGGCCUGAUUGGCGCCGCGGUGGACAUCUCUUCUCUGGAUCCCAACACUGUGGGUCUGGGGAUUGCGGUACUGUUUAUGGGACUCACUGUGCGGCUGAUCGUGGCCUUUUUGACAGUUCUGCGCACGGAUCUGAACUUGAAGGAAAGGUUUUUCAUCCCCUGCUCCUGGUUCCCGAAAGCGACAGUACAGGCCGCCAUUGGGGCUAUUGCGUAUGAUACGGCCAUUGAUAAAGGAGCAACAGAACUUGUGCCACUCGGCAAAAAACAACAGCUCGAGGAUGCAAUAUGA